AUGUCAACUAAUAGAAGUGCCACUGAGUUUUCUUAUCCAGGAGUACAGAUACCUCCAGAAUAUCUUUCUUCGUUUUCGUCCAAACCUGAUGCAAGUCCGAGUUCGCGUACAGCAGAAGAGGGCAGCGAAUGGCAAAUCGACGACAAAGCUUCUGAAGAUCCCAGAGGCAACGGCGAUUCUACACAAAUGAGUCACUUCGCGACACACGCUCUUCCUACUCUGCGUUUUGACGGGACCAAUGUGCGAAUACGAGAGGCUUCGCUCGUAGAACCGGCUACUGGAGAUACAAGUCCAUCCCAAGUUGAAGCACCUCAUGAAUAUGCGACAUUUGCAUCUUCCCACAAGGAUUGGCAAAAGAGGGCCCUCGAUCGACAGAUCGACAAGAUCAUAGGUCUUUUCAGUCUUUCACAGCUUAAGACAGUUCGUGAUCAUGGUGAAGUAACGAUUCCGGGCAAAGAAGAUAACGUUACAGUGACAAUGGAUGCGAUCGAUGUGGCGUGUAUUCACAACCAAAAAUUGGAGACUUAUUGGAGAGAUUUUGGCAAAGAUGGAACUCUCUCUCGCUUACUUAUAUGGAUAGAAGAAGCGAUCAAGUAUCAUGGUAAGGAUCCUGAAGAAAGAAGGUUUAUGCGUGAAAAAGCCGAAUGGGAGAAAAGGCGCAGAAGGUCAAAAAAGGUCAGCACAGCACCUGAACAGCACAGAAACCUUCGCUAA